CCCGUGUAGAGGGCGCUGCAAGGUGGAUCAACUCGAGCUUGUUUUCUGACAGUUCUCCUGAGUGUGUUUAUGCUCCAGCUGCUGCGGACUGUCGGAGUGAGGUUGUUCUCCAUGGCGUCCGAGACGUACACAUCGGGGACGCACUCGGCGGCCUUUGUCACCUGUCCCAAUGACACAGUGGCCAAAGACUUAGCCAGAGGCAUUGUGCAGCAGAAGCUGGCCGCCUGUGUCAACAUUGUGCCCGCAAUCAAGUCUGUUUAUGAGUGGCAGGGGGCGAUCCAGGAAGACAGCGAGGUUCUGCUGAUGAUUAAAACUAGAAGCUCCAAGGUUCCUGCUCUCACCGAUUAUGUCCGGAAGAACCAUCCUUACGAGGUGGCUGAGGUCAUCAGCCUGCCGAUAGACCAGGGCAACCCCCCCUACCUCAAGUGGAUUGGAGACAUUGUGCCUGAAUGAGGACAUAUUCAAGGAUGGGUGAUUAUGCAAAAUACUUUAACGUUUAAAUGACUUCACAAUCCAUUGGCCUUUAUGUGAAAUGACUUCCGACACACCCCUUUGCACCAAUUUAAUAAAUGUCAGUUCAUAGAUUUGCCUUUAGGGGGCGUCACAGGUCUUUGCUUUCAAUCAUCUGUACAUUUUCAGUUCACUGAACCACUGAACAGACAGUAGCGUUUUAUUUCUUAUGACUAUAUAUGUUGAAAUAAAACAGCUAAGUAUAUAUUUUUACAUUCACUUGAUGACAUUCAAAUGUUUUGAAACACCCAUCAAUGAUUAGACGUCACAAAAACAAGAAACAAUGUGGAGUGAUGCUCUUGUCAAAGCUUGUCAAUCAGAAAUGAUUGUCGAUCAACCACAUCCUCAUCUUUCUUCUAAUGUGUCUACACCAGGGGUGGGCUAACUUUUUGACUCAUGGGCCGCGUUGAGUUAACAAAACUGUCCGGGUGCCAGAAAAUAUAUACACACACUAUUUUAUGCUUAUAAUUCUAACAUUCUGCAUUGAAUUAGUUGUCUAAUUUUAUCUGUAAAAGUGUCCUACUAUCAGCCGUAUGUUCUCAUGUCCUUUUUUCAUUCAUUCAUUUUCUACCGCUUACGCUCACGAGGGUCAUGGGGGUGCUGGAACCUAUCCCAGCUGUCUUCGAGCGAGAGGCGGGGUACACCCUGGACUGGUGGCCAGUCAAUCACAGGGCACAUAUAGACAAACAACCAUUCACACUCACAUUCAUACCUAUGGACAAUUUGGAGUCGCCAAUUAACCUAGCAUGUUUUUGGAAUGUGGGAGGAAACCGGAGUACCCGGAGAAAACCCACGCAUGCAAGGGGAGAACAUGCAAACUCCACACAGAGAUUGCCGAGGGUGAAAUUACAAAAUUGAAUUGAAUUUUUUUUUUUUUUUUUUUAAAUCUGACUUGCAAGUCAUGUUGCCAGUUGAAAUACUGGCGGGCCGGAUUCAAACGAUGGGUGGGCUGCAUGUGGCCCUCAGGCCAUAGUUUGCCCACCCCUGAUCUACGCUAUAAUAGUAUAAAAGCAAACUGUGCUCUAGUAUCCAAACAGUAUUGGUAUCAACAGCUAGCCAAAUUCAUAGGAAGUGAUAGUAACCUUAAUUGUAAUCUUCCAUUAGCAUAAACAUACUAAGCCCCGCAGUGGCUUUGGGUAACUACUAUGUCAAAUUUGUACACUAUGCCAUCACACCGUUACCACAUAACCCACACAAACAUUAAAGUACAGCAUUGUGUAAAAGAUCAACAUGCACUUGGGGUGGUCGUCAAGUAAGCGGAUGCUUCACAUACCAACAUGCUGGCAAAUCCCAACAAAUCCCGGUCUUCCCAAUGGCUGCAUACAUGUUGAUCUACUGUACAUUGCACAUUACACAAGGUCCUCUGGUUACGUACAUGUUCCGUUCCUGCGACUGUGAUGUAAGUCGGGUUCGUCGAAGCACAGGAUAUAUCUCCAAAUGUGAACAAAACCAGGCGAUGGCUGGAAGCUGAGUGAAAAUCAUGAAAAGGUUAGAGUUCAAUGUGAGGCCAGAAGUGGAGAUAUAGUGGUUCGACCUACCUGGCUCCAGUCAGUAAAGCGGUCUUGUUGAUUACAAUUCGCUGAAGGCGCCAGAAACUCCUUGCAGCACAUCUAUGGGACCUUUUUUAAAAAAAAAUGUUUUUCCAACAUGAAUAUGCUGGUAAAAAAAAAAUCCAUAGAAAAGCAAGUCCUGUGAAUGUAUGCCACCCAAUGGAUGCUCUGUUCUUGUGGGUGUGUGAGGUCCUUGGAUAAUGUAUGCCUAACUUUGAGCAUUACGUGAAACUGAACCGCAGACCACCAGACUGCCCACCAGGUCAUGAUCAGAGUACCGGACUACAAGAACCCACCCUAGAAGUCACAAGUAGCUGAUUUCGAGCACUGACUUGUUCUCCAAAAGUGCACCAGGUUGCGACGUACUUUUUGGAUCAGAACCUUUCUCUGCUUGCUCUCCGUGUUUGAUUUCCGUACUGUAGUCCCCUGAUUGUAGUAUCUUCACAUCCGGCAUCCUACAACCUUCUGGAGCAUCUAUACUCUUUCCAUUAUGUGAUGUUUUUAUUAUUUCGAUGAUCUGGCCGCCACCUUUUGUUAUUUCCUGUCGCUGACCGGCAAGUGGGCUCCUUUGUCUGUGAAGCGCAAUACCGCCCCAUUCCUCAGUGGGCCGCUGUAGUUCGAUGUCUGCUUUAUCAUGGCUCUUAACCCGGCGCGAUGUGCGGCACAGGGCCUUGCGGAAGCCCCGUUUGAAGUUAUCGGAUAGGAAGCCGUAUAGGAUGGGGUUGGCACAGCUGUUGGCAUACGACAGAACCACCACGAAGAAGUAGAGGCCUCGGAAGUCGCCCGGCAGCACCACCAACAGGUUGACGAUGUUGAGGGCGUAGAAGGGCAGCCAACACAUCACAAACACCGCCACCACCACCACCACCAUUCUGGUGAUCUUGCGCUCAGAUUUCCUGCGGCGUGACGACGAGGCUUGUGCACGUUUCCCAACGCUACGUACCUUAGGAAGAGCAGAUGGACACAAAAUUUUGCCUUAGCUUGUGUACAUUUUUUGGUCUAUAAUCUAUAAUGUCAUUAGUGAGUGACUAUGAAAACAGAACACGUUUUUGUCGUUUUAGGUGUAGACAAUAAUCGAAAUCUAUAUAAAUAGAUAAAUUCACAAACACUUAAACUUGCUGAUAUAGUUCAUCUUCAAACAACUAAAAUAAUACAUAAGUCUAAAAACAACCAAUUAGCUAAAAAUGUCAUCCAAUACUUCUCUACAAGAGAGGAGAAAUAUGAUCUCAGGGAAGAAGUACAUUUGAAACACUUCUAUGCUAGGACUACGUUAAAAAGCCAUAGCAUUUCAGUAUGUGGAAUCAAACUAUGGAAUGGAUUGAGUAAGGACCUCAAACAAUGCACAACGAUGAGACAAUUCAAGAAACAAUACAAGCAGUUGAUGUUUGCUAAAUACAAGGAUGAAGAGUCUUGAACCAGUCAUGAUGUGCUAUAUAUAUCACUAUAUUGACACUUACUAUGGUACCCAUUAUGUCAUUGGAUGCUCAUAUCACCUCGUACUUCGGUACGAGGUACAUUAUUAAAAAAAAACCAAACAAACAAAAAAAAACCUUAAACUAUAUUAUA